GGAGAUGCGAGCCCUGCACAAGCACUAACCACAGGCAGCAGCGUUACAGGAGGCAAUGAAAAAGAUCCUGCUGGUGCAGUGGAUGCUACUCUGCGCAAUCGCUCUGCUUAUUCUGGAAAGUGACGCUAAGUUUGCAGAGAAAAGUGAGACUGGCGCAAGGAGAAGAAGGUGCCUCAAUGGGAGCCCCCCGAGGCGUGUGAAAAAGCGACAUAGAAAGUUACAGACUUUGGAUCUGGGGGGGGCUGGAGAGGGGUGCAGGGGGCUAUAUCCCCGUCUCUCUUGCUGCCCCAAACCUGACAUACCCGGACUGCCAAUGGACAAUAAGAUUAUAUCUGUCACCAACAACACAGAAUGUGCAAAGCUUGUGGAAGAAAUCCGGUGUGCCCAGUGUUCACCGCAUGCUCAGAAUCUCUUCCACGCAAGUGAAAGAUCCGAAACAUCUGAGAAGCAACUGUUCCUUCCUGCCCUUUGCAAGGACUAUUGCAAAGAGUUCUACUACACAUGCCGAGGCCAGAUACCAGAAGCAUGGAGGCUUACUUCAAACUUCAGCAGAUGAAUUUUGCUUUUACCACGGCAUGAAAGACAGUGGACUGUGCUUCCCAGACUUUCCAAGGAAGCAGAUGCGUGGGCCAGCGUCAAACUACUUGGAUCAGAUGGAAGAUUAUGACAAAGUGGAAGAGAUCAGCAGGAAACAUAAGCACAAUUGCUACUGUAUUCAGGAGGUUGUAAGAGGCUUAAGACAACCAGUUGGUGCAAUGCAUAGUGGAGAUGGGUCACAGCGACUAUUCAUACUGGAGAAGGAAGGCUACAUAAAGAUUCUUACACCGGAAGGAGAUCUGAUUAAGGAACCUUUCCUAGAUGUACAUAAAGUGGUUCAAAGUGGAAUCAAGGGAGGAGAUGAAAGAGGGCUACUAGGCCUUGCAUUCCAUCCCAAUUAUAAGAAAAAUGGAAAGCUGUAUGUGUCGUACACCACCAACCAAGAAAGAUGGGCCAGCGGACCUCACGACCACAUUCUUAGAGUCGUAGAAUACACAGUAUCUAGGAAAAACCCAAGCCAGGUUGAUGUAAGAACCGAGAGAAUUUUCCUAGAGGUAGCAGAGCUUCACAGAAAGCACCUGGGAGGACAACUCUUGUUUGGGCCAGAUGGCUUCUUGUAUAUUUUCCUUGGAGAUGGAAUGAUAACUAUUGAUGAUAUGGAGGAAAUGGAUGGGUUAAGUGACUUUACAGGCUCAGUUCUUCGAGUGGAUGUAGACAUUGAUGGUUGUAGCGCUCUUUAUUCAAUACCAAGAAGUAAUCCUCAUUUUAAUAGUACUAAUCAGCCCCCUGAAAUCUUUGCACAUGGGCUUCACAAUCCAGGCAGAUGCACUGUUGAUCAUCUCUCAAAAGACAGCAACAUGAAUCUGACUAUUCUUUGCUCAGAUUCAAGCACUAAAAACAGAUCGUCUGCAAGAAUUUUACAGAUCGUUAAAGGGAAAGAUUAUGAAAAUGAUCCUCCCCUUUUGGAAUUCAAACCGUUGAGCAGUGGACACAUGGUUGGAGGAUUUAUAUAUAGAGGCUGUCAGUCAGAGAGGCUGUAUGGAAGCUAUGUGUUUGGAGAUCGCUAUGGGAAUUUUGUAUCACUUCAUCAGAACCAAGUCACAAAGCAUUGGCAGGAGAAACCCCUCUGUCUGGGCAGUGGAUCUUCCUGCAGAGCCCCAUUUACAGGACACAUACUGGGGUUUGGAGAAGACGAAUUAGGGGAAGUUUACAUUCUGUCAAGCAGUAAAAGCAUGACUCAGUCACACAGUGGAAAAAUCUACAAAAUUAUUGAUCCAAAAAGACCAACAGUUCCAGAAGAAUGCAAACGUCCAUUAAUGCCUGCACAGCCACUUGCAUCCGAAUGCUCCCGCCACUGCCGAAAUGGGCACUGCACGCCCACAGGGAAAUGCUGCUGCACUCAGGGAUGGGAAGGAGAGUUCUGCAGAAUUGCAAAAUGUGAACCAGAGUGUCGGCACGGAGGCGUCUGCGUGAGACCAAACAAGUGCUUAUGUAAAAAAGGCUACUUGGGCCCACAAUGUGAGCAAAUGGAUAGAAACGUCCGGAGAGUGGCCAGGGCAGGUAUUCUUGAUCAGAUCAUUGACGUGACGUCAUACUUGCUGGAUCUGACCAGCUACAUUGUAUAGUGAUCUCGGACUGCUUGGAUAAUCCAUCUAACUGGGCAUUUAUUUUUAAAACAUGUAAAUUUUCUAAAAAGGACUUUGUAAUUCUGCUCUAAAUCCCUGUGUUUUAAAAUUAUUUUAUUAAUUUAAAUAUAUUGUCCAUAAAAGUGAGCUUGUGUGUGUAAUUUAUGAAUAUUUGAGUGUAUAUGUAUGUGUGACGGUAUAGACAUAUUCAUUUAUUAAACAUUCUAAUAUUUUAAGUACUGGCUGCAGCAUGGUCAUGUGAACAAGACUAUCAAUUUGAUUUGGUUUUAAAAGUAACAUUAAAACAAUAGACAUUCACAUUAAA